GAUGCCUGAGGAAACAGUUGAGACUUUGAGCGAUAAUAAUGCUGAAAAUGACGGUUUGACACCAUUAAUACUCGCUGCAAAGGAAGAAGACCAACAGGGGCUGCUCGACCUGCUAUCUAAUGGAGCUGAUAUCAACGAACGCAACGAUUUUGGAGAUACUGCACUUAUAUAUAUUACUAAAUAUGUUUGCUCCAUCUCCUUUUGGGCCGCUGUCCUGACCUGUCUCUUGAAGACAGAAACGGCGACACAGCUUAUGGGGUCGCGAUGAACAAGAAUAACGUAGAGGCUGCAAGACACAUGACAGUUCGUCCACUUGGUUUAAAUCUCUAUUGCCCAAUUUAUUCCAUUUUCCUUAAUAGAUCGACACUGUAGUUUUCAUUUUGAACAACAUAUGUGUAUAUGAAGUGAAUUUUUGGAAUUUAGGGAAUAAACUAAAUAUAUUAUUUGUUAUCGAGUUGAAAUUAUAAUCAAAUGAGUAAGUUUCCCCCCCCCAUAAAAAUCCUGCUCGUUAGGCGGCAAGAGUGAGGAGGUGAGGCAGGUGUAGUCAGUUAACAAGUCCGAAACUGCUCAGUUAGGCCGUUGUUGUCACGGCCGGAGGGUGUCAGGAGCGGCCUUUACGUCCCCUCCUGCUUGACGCCAUUCUUGUCAGUGGGGUCACCAGUAGGCCAGUGGGUACGUGCCCGCCCCAUGGCCAGUGGGUACGUGCCCUGCCCU